GCAUAGCUAAGUACCUUGUUCCACAAUUGAGGAUCAAAAUGGCUUGCAAACACAUUGAACCCCUUAACCAAAUAGGCCGCCCUAUAACUCUCCUUGUCACAUUUCUUUCGAUGCUCGUCGGCCGCCGCCCUUGCAUACGAUGUCACUGUACUCCCAUUCUCGAAUUUCUUGACCCGAUCAAAAUAAAACACGAUGGGCCUUUUGCAUGGGUCGAGGUUGUACUUGCGGGUAUUGAAAGUGAACGGGCCAUUAUUCUUGGCCCACGGUAUAAAAGUCUGCAACGGGGUGCUGAGCUCUUUAGGUCUGACCCAAAACGGGUACAGUUGCACGUUGUAUCCCCACGCGACCGAUAUGGACCAAUUUCGG